AUGAUGCAAAGGCUCUCGCGUGCGACGUUGGGCGCUGUUGUGGCGGUGUUGGUUGUUGUGGCGAUGGGCAGGGACGCGGCUGGCGACGUCGGUGGCGCCAGCAAGAACAAGGCAAGGAUUGUGACGGACGAGAACGACAACCUGCACAUCCGCAGCCUCAACAACACGUACAUGUGGACGCGCGCAAACACGACUGGCGGCGGCGGUGGCGGCGUGUUUGUGGAUGGCGUCAGCGUGCAUGAUUUGAUCAACGAGGUGAGCACGUUGAAGCGCGAGGCUGCCAACCUGCGCAUGCAGCUGGCCGAGGUCCGUGCUCUCGCAGCGCCAAACACGACAGAGACGGAGUGCCUCAUCAAAGUACCGGGCGAGGUUGACUGCGGCAAUGGGGACAGCGUGCUCUCGGGCGUGUGCGAGGCUUCCGACAUAUCUCGGUGCUGCUGCGACGCUGUACAGGACAUCACCGUGGUGGACGGUACCAUUGACAUCAACCCACUCUCCCCGACAACGGCAGCCACCAUGGCGCGCCUGCUCACAGUUGGCGGCAACUUGAGAGCAACGUCCUUGCACGUGUCGAGCAUCAGCUUCCCCGCUCUCCGGACGGUUGGCGAGGAGGUGUACUUCCGUACAAACAAUGCCUUGACGGCGGUUCACCUCCCUGCGCUCCAAUCCGUCGGACUGGAUCUCAAGAUUGAGUCGAACGACGCUCUUACAGUCAUCGACUUUCCGUCCCUCCAAGUUGUGUCCGGCGCCAUGGAUGUGAAGGGCAACACAGCAAUGUUGCGGUUGCACCUUCCAGCUUUGGUCAGCACCGGCGAUAUCCGCAUUGAGUCCAACGACGUUCUCACUGAUCUGACCAUUGGCGGCCCUGAACGGCCGCUUCGAGUGUUUGGUGUGCUGCAAAUCCAAAGCAACACGGCGCUGAAGUCCCUGACCUUUACAUCGUCCAGUGCGGAGAUUGCAGCCUCGUUCGCCAUUCGCAACAACCCGAAACUCGGCCUGGUUGAGUGCAUCGGCGACUUCAGCAAGGCCCCUUGCGUGAAUUUCUAUGGCAACAGCAACGAUGCCACACUCGGCCCUGGUUGCCCGGCUAUUUGCCAAUUCGUCUAG